AAUCGACCAGUUCGCCUGCACUGAGUAUACCGGUGCUAGCGACCGAACAAUGAGGGUGUAAACAAACAGAUGCAACCAUACAAAUCUUCAGCACACGGCACACUGCGUUCGAUCGUCACUAAAUCGCAAAUCCAUCUCCGAGAGCAACACGUACUCUGAAAAUUUUUUGCCUCACAUCUGACGGAAAAACACUGAAAUAUAUUCAAAAUGAAGGUCCUUAAAUGCUGCUCCAUCGCCCUGUCGGCAAAAUUUAUCAUGUUCUGUCUCUCAGUCCUCUUUUGGAUUGGUUCUGCUGGUCUCAUGUACCUCGGUAUUGAGAUGUUCACAUAUGCCGGAAACAUCCACCACCUUGCCAGCAACUAUUUCUUGACCAUCCCCGCCAGCGUGUGCAUCGGUCUCAGUAUUCUUUUCCUGACCGUCGGUAUCAUCGGACUCAUCGCUCUUACCAGGGAAGAUGCUAGGUUCCUCAGGAGAAUGUUUGUUGCCUUGCUAAUGGUUAUCGUCAUUCUGGAGAUCACAGGGGCUGCCCUUGCUAUUGCCUUCAAGGAGGAGAUCAACACGGGUAUUGACAAUGGACUUAAUAACACCAUGAAACAUUACAAUGAGAAAGAGAACUACCAGAGGUCAAUGGACUACGUACAAGGACAUCUUGAUUGCUGUGGAUCCCACCACGCUGAGGACUGGGCCACCACUCCAUGGGGUCACGCUAACCCCGACAUGGUCCCUCUUAGCUGCUGUAAGGAUAACGCUACAGCCAACUGCACGGGGUCACUGGUCAACGAUCAGUUCAACAUCAACCACGAUGGUUGUCAAGAAAAGCUUUACGAUGACAUCAAGGCUUAUCUUGUAUACAUCAUCAUUAUUGCAGUUCUUCUCUUUCUUUUGCAGUCUAUGGCCCUCUGUUGUACCUGCUACCUGGUGUGUCAUCGACGGGACAAGCAAUACCAACAGCUCCAGACACCCUCCAAGCGUGAGUCAAGCUACGGGUACAGGGCAUAAAUCAUCUACAAAAAAAGACUAUUACCAGACGCACAAAUGUAAUCAAGAAUCAUUGAUAUCCCCAAAAAUCAUCUACAGAAAAAGACUGUUACGCACAAAUGUUUACCAGAAUCAGUGAUCUCCCAGGGUGUUUGACAACCUUGAUAUAGUGGACACCUCUACAGAAGGGCCACCUGUCUACAAAGGCCAGCAUGUUCUGCAUUCGCAAUGAUAUAUAUUACAGCACAGCAUGUUCCAGGGUAUUCAUUGGCAUAACUGUCUGAAAAAAUAGAAAGGUCUGGGGGGUUUUUGGAAAAGUUAUCCGAUCUAUCCAUUUGUGAAUUAAAAAUGGAUUAACUUUUUCUUUUUUGAGUUCCAAGAAUUUACUCAAGUCACACUUCUUGCUCAUUAUAACAUUCCAUUUUCUUAUUUGUUGUUUUUCUUGAGCUCACAUUAUUAUAAAUUAUCUUGACACCAUAAUUAGCUAACUGAGGAUCAGCAAAAGACUAUGAUUAUUUAGGUAUAUGAUUGAUCAUGAAUUUCAUUAGUCAGAGUAAAUAAUGUUUCUUUGUAGGCUGAGUAAAGAAAAUGUCUUUUUAUGAGAUAGCAAAUAGUGUUAUGAAAAACAUGGAGUAAUUGCCUUCACUUAAACAUUAUUUGUGUCACAUGUUGUGCUUUAUAGUCGGAUGUUUUUCUAAAACAGGUGCAAGCUUAUAGAAAGUAAUGGUGAUUUCGUGAUAGAAAUGAAUUUUUAAGAAACGUGUAAAAGCAAGUGUCUUCUGUAUGUCACUCAGGUUUUUUUUCGUCCAGAAGAAAAGUGUGUGUUUCUAAAUACAUGUUGACUUUCAUAUUGUGCGAAACCUUUUAAUACCCUACAUGUAUUUUAUCUUUGGGAUGGUAUUAUAAAUGUGUGUGCCUGUAGCAUGUAUUUAUUUGAAAAUGGUCAUUCAUUUUGAAGAUUGUGGAGUGCCAGGAUUGUCGAGUCUGACAUGAGCACCAUACAAGAAUCCCUUAUUAUUAUUAUUGUUAAUAUUUCCAAUACCCUGCCAAAGUGAAGGCAAAAAAAGUUUAAUGAAGAGGAUUCUAAAAUGGUUUGGUUAGGAAUGAUCCAUUACAUGUAAAUAUAUAACUUAUUCCUUGUUAAAUGGUGAUCAGCCCAGAAAUAAUGGCAUUUCAACUAAGUAAGUCGUUGUUAAAUCUUUACCGUGAAAAAAGGUACUGCAUUUGGAUGUACUUAACAACCCAUCGACGAUGGCUCUUUAUAAAAAAAAAAUGUUAUCGUCUUCGAGAGUUUACAGAUUCCUGUCUUUCAAAAUUUGAUGAUAUAAAUUCUUUUACACAUUUUUACCCCUUUCUUAUUAUAAUCAUUUUUUAAUGAGGACUUGUAAGGAUGAUUUUUUUUUAAAUAAAUGUUUUAUUUGAUAUUGUGCACCACGUGGAAGUGACUUUUAUCAGUAAAUUGUGGAGUAUUGUAUUAUAUGUAUAAUAAAACUCAGAUUGGUACUGUUUGUACAUAUAAA